GGAGCACAUGGAGUACCGCUGAUUCGUUGGCUACCAGGGAACCGGGUGAGUCUCAAAUGGAGGACCUAAGGACCUAGGCCAGCGGUGCUGAAAUGGAACGAAUAUGUUUGAGUCUUUUGCUCAUAAGUAAGGCACUUUCAGUCACAGCACAGUUCAAUGGUUUCAACUGUGAUGCCAACUUCCACAGUCGUUUCCCAGCCGAGCGAGACAUAAGCGUGUACUGCGGCGUGCAGACAAUCACGCUGAAGAUCAAUUUCUGCCCCGUGCUCUUCUCGGGCUACACCGACACGGACCUGGCGCUGAACGGUCGCCAUGGCGAUGCCCACUGCCGAGGCUUCAUCAACAACAACACCUUCCCAACGGUGGUGCUCUUCAGCAUCAGUCUUAGUACGCUGGAGUCCUGUGGCAACUCUUUGGUGGUCUCCUCAGCUCAGGGAGCGAAUGCUUAUGGGAACCUGUCCCUGGUGCAGAUUGGCAAUAUUUCAGGGUACAUCGACACACCUGACCCACCGACUAUCAUCAGCUAUUUACCAGGGCUGCUGUACAAGUUCAGCUGCAGCUACCCUCUGGAGUAUCUGGUGAACAACACACAGCUGGCCUCGUCAGCUGCAGCGAUAUCAGUGAAGGACAGCAAUGGUACUUUUGUCAGCACUUUGAGUUUACUCCUCUACAAUGACUCGUCCUAUGUGCAGCAGCUGGCCAUACCCAUGGCAGGCCUUACUUUAAAGACACGCGUGUUUGCCGCUGUAAGGGCAACCAAUUUAGACAGAAGAUGGAAUGUUCUGAUGGAUUACUGUUACACAACUCCCUCUGGGAACCCUAAUGAUGACUUGCGCUAUGACCUGUUCUUUGGCUGUGACAAAGACCCACAGACAACUGUGUUUGAGAACGGCAAGAGUCAGAUGGGGCGCUUCUCGUUCGAGGUCUUCCGUUUUGUCAAACACAAGAACCAGAAAAUGUCAACAGUUUUCCUGCACUGUGUCACCAAGCUGUGUCGUGCCGAUGACUGCCCGAUGCUCAUGCCGAUCUGCGGUAGGAAAAAGAGGCGAGAUGUCUCUGAACAAGGUGAAUCUAAUGCAGCCUCUGGGAAUGCAGUCAUAACAGCUGGACCCAUCAUCACUCGGAGUGAGGAAACUCCAAUGAACAACUCUCAGCUUGCCCAGUUAAACAGCCCUCUGCUGCGGCCCGACUCGGUGACCAGCGCUCUGAUCUCGGGCAUCGUCAUCCUGGCUGUCAUGAGCGCCUGCUUCUUCAUUCUGUCCCUCACGCUGCUCAAAGGCAGGAAGCCUCCGCCCGCUGCACUGUCCGGCACCCGCAACCCUGCCUUCAACUGAGCAUCUCAGUACCGAACCCGCUCCCACUCCUCUCCCAAGGGAAUCUACACAGACCCCUAUAUGUACCACAACUAUAAUCUGUUUUAUUAAAUAUAUUUUAUUUAUAGAAUAAUGAUAAAUAAAUAAUAUGUAUAAAGGUAGGAUUGUUUUGUAUUGGAAUAUGGACGUAAACAUAGAAACACAGCUUCUAAUAACCUUGUUACAGUAUAUUUGUUAUACUUUUGGUUUUGCUUAAAUCCAUGAAAUCGAUAUAUUUGUAUUGUAUUGCACACAUUUGUAAGGUGGGCUAACUCAUUCCAAUGGGUACAAUGUAUUUCUAAUUCAAUACCUCAGCUAUUCAUUUGUCUGUUGCAGGGCACAGGAAGCACAUUUGGUAGAUGGUUAAGUAGUUCUCGCUUUUCAUGGAUUAGUCACCAUAGAACUGUGAUCAAUUUUCUCAGAACUAAUUAUUUUAGAUCUGCCUCAUUUACUGCUUAAAGAGCUAGUUUCCUUAUAUAUCUCAGUAGUUUGUAUCUAACAUUAUGGGAAGUGUUGAAGUAUUUCUUUUAUUUUAUUUUCCAAUA